AAGCUGUGCAGAAGCAUCCGAAGCUCAGAAGUUGCUGGAAUUUUAUUGGGAGCAGAACACAUUUAAAUCAUUCUACUGCCGGAUAGUUCAGUGCCGCGAAACCUUAACCAGAAUCGGGAACAUGUUGCGUCUCAUGUUGCUCCCGCUCUUCCUGUUUACCCUGUCCAUGGCCUGCAUGGGUCAGACGUUUCAGUACUCCAGGGGUUGGACCAAUGGAAAACGGGCGCUUAAUACUGGCUCACCGCUUCUGGGCAACGGCCACUUGCAUCGGAGCAACGAGCUCAGUUUUUCGGAUCUCUAUGAUUUGCAGGAUUGGAGCAGCGAUCGCAGGCUGGAGCGAUGCUUGACACAGCUCCAACGCUCUUUGCUAAGUAGAAAUUGUGUUCCAGGAGUGGAGUUAAAUCUAAAUCGGAUGGACACCGAUUCUGGAGAUACCAACUUACAUUCCAGACCCAACAACAAUGAAAACGAGAACCUUGUCUAUUCAAAUCCGAAACAAAAUAGACGUCAGUCGAAUGAACUUCUCGAGGAACUAAGUGUUGCUGCAGUAGGAGGUUCAUCGGAGCCGAAUGUUUUUGGGAAACAUUAAACACGUUUUUGAUCAAAAAUUUUAUAUAACUCUUGUUAAUAAACUAGCAAAAAAUGCUACAAAAAUGUAAAAAAAAAAAUGAUCAAAAAUAAAAAUAAAGCUGUUAGAGAAAUAACUUUUUAUAAUUAUUAAAAUU